GGAGCUGUGACCGCUCCGUGACCGAGGGGAGCGGCGGCGGCGGCGCAAGGAGUCUUCCUCUCCGACGCCGGCAACGUCGACACCGCUGGCAAGCUUCUCUCCGAUUAUCCCUUCUCCAGUAAGAGUAGGCGAGGACGAGCCUCCCCCAUCUUGGGUGUUGGUGUCUGACCCAUUUUCUCAAGGUACUAGCCAAAACCUAAAGAAAUUGAAUUAUAUGAACUGCAUAACUAGCUUUAGUAAUUAAUUUUCCUUAUGUCUCUUGAUGCUACUUUUAGUUUUGCUAUGGAUAUGAGCAAUAGAGAUCACCUUAGGAGGAGGGAGGAGGAUGAUGAUGACCUCUUCCUUUUGAUUCCCCCUUCCCUACAUCUCUUGGGCUAUCUUGGACGUAGUAAAAAGAAAUUGAGGCAUACAUCAGCGCUGACCGGGGAGGAAAAGGUUCGAGAGCUACUUGAAGGCCAUAUCAAGAACUGCAGGGUAUCAUUUAGAAUGGAACCUUACAUUUUCAAAUCCUUGGACAACUAUCUUAGAAUGGAAGGAUUGGUUAAAGAUACAAGAAUCAAAGUUGAGGAAAAACUUGGCUUCUUCCUAUACAUGAUUAGCCACAAUGCGACAUUUGAAGGUCUCCAAGUCUUUUUUGGUCAUAGCAAUGAUACAUUUCACCGUGUCAUCAAACAUUUCUUCAACAUUGUUAUCCCUGGCCUUAGCAUGUGGUUCCUAAAGCCUCCUUCCAAUCAAGUUCAUCCUAAAAUUCAUGGAGACAACCGAUUUUAUCCAUACUUCAAGAAUUGCAUAGGUUCAAUAGAUGGAACCCAUGUUCCAGUAUCAAUGUCACACUAUCAAGCCGCACCAUUCAGGAAUAGAAAAGGGACCCUUAGCCAAAACGUGAUGGUUGUGUGUGAUUUUAACCUUAACAUAACUUAUGUGUCAGUCGGAUGGGAAGGAUCAGCAACAGAUUCAAUGGUUCUUAGAUCUGCAAUGAACAAUGUUGUAGGAAAGUUUGAAGUACCUUCUGGGAAGUACUACAUAGUAGAUGGUGGUUAUGCCAAUACGACUUCCUUUAUUGCACCAUAUUGUGGGGUUAGAUAUCACUUGAAAGAGUUUGGCCAUGGUCAUCGAAGGCCUCAAAAUCACAAAGAGUUAUUGAACCAUCGCCAUGUUGUUUUAAGAAAUCAUGUAUAGAGGGCUUUGGGUGUCAUAAAGAAGAGAUUUCCAAUCCUCAAAGUUGCUACCCUUCACAAAACGGAAAAUCAAGCAAAAAUACCUAUUGCUGCUACAGUCCUCCAUAACUUAAUUCGGUCACAUAAUGGUGAUGAGAGAUGGCUAGAAAAUGAUCAAGGAAAUAUCAACCCACAAAGUUUUGUCAACCUACCUACCCAAUAGUGACCAUGGAAAUGAUGAAGGGAAUAUGGAAAGGAAUAACUUAAGAGAUAUGGUAGCUUAUCAUAUGUGGGCAGAUUAUGAGCAACGUAGAAAUCAGUGAAUCAUUUCUGUAAUGGAUAUUGUGUAAUCAAUAAAUGUCAUUUUUGUAAUGGAUAUUUUGUAAUGGAUAUUUUGUGAUCAAGGAAUUAUUGUGUUU